AUGUCCGACACCGGGCAAGAACGCAAUUCGAAUUCGAAAUCCAAUCUAAUCGAAGUGCAGCAUGUGGGCGUUACAGCCAAAUUGCAAUCACCUCUUAAAAAUCUGAUGCACACCUAUUGCUCAUCGACCGAAACGGACAACGACCGUCUCCUAUACAAUCACAAUAGCAAUGCAAAAUACAAUAAAUUUAGCAAUGAAAAGUUGAACGUAGAAACCGAUAGCACAUCGACCGAUCACUCGAAGGUCUUAUACGAAUUGAAGGCACUACGGAGUGAGACCAAGUUAAAGAAGAAUCAAAAGUUGACGCCCUCGAAAAUAGAAUUUCAAUUAUAUACGAAAUCGAAUGCUAAACGUAUGAAAAAAGGGAAAAAAAAUUAUAUGAAGAAAAAGAAGUCGCAACGUAAACUUUUCAGUAAUGAAUCGAAAACAAAAU